AUGGUCUACUCUACUCCUGUCCGCGCUGCGGCAUUCAAGAGCGCCUACGGCCCCAAGUACCAGUUCCAACCUAACCUCAAUGGAUGGAACAAGACCACUCUCUUCCGAGCGAGCGUGAGAUCUGCCUCUUUCGGUGGUGCCGCCGUUGUCGGUGCCCUCCUCUACGUUUCCGGCAUUCCUCGCGUCCAGCAGGACGUUCUCCAGAAAAUCCCCUUCGUUGGCCGUUACUUCGUUCAGCCCGAAGUCCACCCUCAGGACAACCCCUUCUAA